UCCAUGCAAUGGUGGUGGAGCACAGAAGUGGCUCUGAGCAGCCGAGGAAGCGCCGGGCUAUCGAUCAAGAUGAGCUUAAAAGGAUUGCCUCAGAGGUAUGCGACACCAUACUUGGACACACCAAGGAACGCUUUGCCUUCAAGGACCACCUCAUCAGUGCCACCUUACUGGACAGCCCCCAGUUUGACCACUACCUCGAUGCAUUCCCUGAAGUUGCUCUGGCCACAACAUUGAAGGCCUAUCCUGUGCUCGAUGGAAGUAGGCUGAAGACAGAGCUUACCCUCAUCUAUGGCUCAGAAGAAUUCCGAACCUGUCGUGGUGCUGUGGAUCUUUACCAGUUGUUCAAAGACAAUAACCUUUCUGAGGUAUUUUCAGAGACAGAAACACUGCUUAAAAUCAUCAUCACAACUCCCAUGGCCACUGCUGAGGCGGAGAGGUGUUUUUCAACACUGAAAAGGGUUAAAACCUUUCUCAGGAACACAAUGACUCAGGACAGACUGAAUGCCUUAGCCAUGCUCUCAAUGGAAAAAAGGCUUGUCACAGACAUGAUUGACUUUAACCAGAAGGUGAUAGAGAGAUUUGCCAGCUUGAAAGAGGGGAGGGCUAAGUUUCUUUACAAGUAG